GCGAGUGAGCUUCAAGCCCGGCGUCUCUUUUCUGUCCUUGUUAUACCAACUCGUCGCCCGAAGGCAGUAUUUUGUUUCGAAUAGGACUCGAUCCCGAGCAUUGCUCUUCAGUUUCAAUCAAUCGGCUGUUACAAGGGGAUUUGACCUCCGUAGUCAGUUCAGUGUUGUGUUUACGUGUAGCAUAGUGGGGACCAACUACUAUACUGUUCGUACAAAUACGGAAAUCGACGUUUUUUACCCAUGAUUGGACUUAAUGCACCAAACUGGACUCGAUAGGACCCAUUCGUACAACCUCUCCAACCCUAUAGUGAGAGGUGUUACACGCAGGCAUGGCUCAGGUAGGAGCCCUUUAUUAAGCGCUGCAACCUCCACCAACGUGUGUUCUCAAUAAGAGUCAGUAUAAACGUACACGAGUCGGCGGCGCACCACUCAGAAGUCUCUCAGCAAUCCAAGCAACUCACAACCGAAUCCUUGUCCUCCCGGCGGCAUGCCCUCAAUCCACUCUUUGAUUGACUCAAGCUACGGCUCCGAGGAGCGGAGUGAUCUUGUGACUGGCCACAGAUCAGGUUUUACCACAGGAACUGUCGGUAAUUCGACGUCGUCUUUCUCGUCGGCACCGAGACUGUCGCAUACUCCGACUACGGAUUUCCAACCCCCGUAUUUUCCACCGCCCUACAACAUCCCACAGCAACCGUCACAGUUGGAUUUUCACCAUCAUGUUAACACAGAUCCGUAUUCUCACCUUAAUACCCUGCACCAACCCCAACAACAUUACCACCAACUGCAACAACGCCCACAGCAUGUCUUGCGACAUAGGGACGAUACCGACCCACUGCAUCUGCAAACCAACAUGCACCCCAGCAUGUCACAACUUUCUGCAUUGGACGGUAGACGAGACUACGGUGGGGUUCGCCGUCCCGAUGUGUUAGUACAUGGAGGCCACCACGGCCUCGGGAAUCCAGACACCGAUUUGCUGCUACACGGCUCCAGUCUAGGCCAUGGGUUGGACUCAGACUCACAGCAAGCUGGCGAUGACACAGGUACCUUUAUUGCCGGUGAACACAACUCAGUGAUCAGAAAGGCUGGAAUAAGGCCGAAAAACGACAACAGUAAAGAUGGCCUGGUGUCAGGCCUUGCGUCACCGAGCGAUGUGUUCUGUUCAGUUCCUGGCAGGUUAUCUUUACUUAGUUCAACUUCCAAAUAUAAAGUAACCGUAGCCGAAGUGCAGCGUCGAUUAUCGCCCCCCGAAUGCCUGAAUGCCUCCCUUCUCGGCGGUGUACUUAGAAGAGCCAAAUCGAAGAAUGGUGGGAGACUUCUACGAGAAAAGUUAGAGAAAAUUGGACUUAGUUUGCCCGCAGGACGCCGAAAGACGGCCACUGUUACUCUUUUUACCUCGCUAGUAGAAGGUGAAGCCGUACACUUAGCACGUGAUUUUGGUUAUGUGAGUGAAACUGAAUUUCCAUCCCGCCAGUUGGCCGAAUAUUUAGCUAGACAACAUUCAGAUCCCACCGAACAGCAAACUAGAAGAAACAUGACCUUAGCAGCCAAGCAACUGUGUAAGGAACUUCAAGAUGUUUUAAGUCAAGAUCGCUCACCUUUAGGUAACACAAGACCACAAGUGAUUUUGGAUCCUGCUAUUCAACGAUGUCUGACACAUUUCAGUCUCAUUUCACAUGGAUUCGGCACGCCUGCAAUGUGUGCCGCACUCACAGCGAUACAGAAUUACUUUACUGAGAUGUUGAAAUACCAAGAGAAAGCGUUCCCCAGUGUUACCACACAGCACUCAGCUGGUUCUAAAAUGGACACGAACUCCAACAAAAACAGUAAUGAUAAAACUGGCUCAGAAGAAAAUAGGAAACAAGAUGUGGUCUAGUUGUUGUCACGUGAGCAUGCAGGUGACGAGCAUGCUGGGAUGCCUUCACCAUGCGAGGGCAACUAUGCACUGUAUUCGGGUGCCAUCGAGAUAUUUGACCUCUGACCCGAGAUCUGCCGAAAAUUCCGUCUGCGAUAUUCGGAUAUAAUAGGAACCAUAAUUAUUAAAUAUUGCGUGCACGUGCGCAGUCAUAGCGAGGCUAAGAAAUGAACAUUAUUAGUGUCAUGUGACAUUCUCAGCUUAUACGAUUGAGAAUUGAUUGUUUGUUUGUUUGUAAUUGCUUUGAACGCUGCAAAUGGAGUGACUUUUAUCGGGAUGAUUUUAAUGAGUGCACUGCUUAGCAACCAUAACCGAUUCUUUUCCGCUGCAAACUGUGUAGUAACUGUUAUGAUACACCAUCGCUAUGACAACAGCACAGCUUAAUUUCAUCCUUUCGAACAGUGAGUUAUUAUUCAUUCACAUGACUCCAAGGGUUGCCAGUAAGAGAACGCACAUUCUGACCUUUCAACUAUGUUUCUUUCUGGGUUUCAAUCUAAAUUUGCAUAUAAUUUGCAUAUGAUAAAACUUAUGCUAUAUUGGGUAAGCGUAUGCGCAACUUGAGUGUGGACGUGCUCAACAAACUUUGACUUUGAGCUAACAAACUACGUAGACAAAUUAAUUUAAGACAAUCAACAUAGUAUUGUUGAACUCUAGAUACGGUUUGAUGGUCUGCUGGAUGAAUAUUAGCCUCACAAUCACUGCGCAUGUGCAAUAUGUCCAGCACUCUCUUUGAUUGUUUUUUUGCAUUCCAAAACGUCCUGUGUGGAAUUGAUUAUCAAAUCAAACAGAAAAGAGAAAUGAAUUAAGACUAUUUUUUGUGUUUAUUUUUUAAUUUUGUGCAAACAUGAAUUCCAUGUUGACAAUAACUUAAUACACUAUAUAUAUAUGACUCUGUCGUGGUACCAAUAUUAUUGUGUUUGUCGUUUAGAAUUUUAUAAGUUUCCGCCUCAAAAUGUCAUGUGACAUAGUAGAGCGUAAGCUUACUAGUUUUGUAUUGAUCACAAUCGUUUAGAACCCUUUUAAAAAACCACUAGCCGACACAAAACUGACAAAACAAAUGGAGGAAGGCGAAUAUAAGUAUAUAUUGUGUGUAUGUGUGUGUGAUAAUGGUGUCUUGUCAACAAAUAAGUGUAGGUUUCCUGGAGUGGCCUUUGUCCAGUCUUAGUCGUCAGUGUUGUGAACGUCGCCAAUAUAUGUUUAGGAUGGUUUGUAACCAUGGUAACUUAAAAAUGUGAAUUGCCAUUUUAUGGUCAGUCUGUACGUACACAAAAAAACGAGGUGACGCAUAUAAAGUAUUCUUUGUAGGCCAAAGUUAGUUAUGGGCCACUUGAGGGGUCCAACCACGUGGCAAAUAGCCCACUUGAGGGGUCCGACCACGUGGCAAAUAGCCAUUGAGGUGUCCGACCAGCCCAAAACUUGUUACCAUUGCAUUUAUAGAAAAAAAAAACUUGAUUUUCGACAUAACUUAUAUAUUUUUCUCAAAAUAUUGGUCAUACAUAUACUUAAAUGCUAAAUUGCUUACUUUAAUUCGUUCAACAGUAUAUGUUGUUGGGAACGAGGAUAUACCCUGGGAUGAUAUCAUUCUUAAAUAGAACAAUUUGUUUCAAAAUAACAUUGCUUUGAAAUGAAAGUACUUAACGUGGCCAUGUAUUGCCUCGCGUCAGUUUUUUUUUAUAACCGGAAGUGAACUAAAUGUCAUGGGGAGAUUUUUUUAACCGACUGUUCAAUUCGCCUGAGACCGAAAAAAAUAACAAUGUCUAGUUUGUAUAACUCUUUAUGUCACGUGUAUUGUGUCACGUGCUCUUGGAAAAAAGCAACAUUGAUGUAGACUUUCAAAUGUAUUUAUUUCUUAUUGUUGUACCUGGUUUGUAAAUCGAGGUGCAAUGACGGCAGCGUGUCAAACACUACUGCCCUCUAGCGGUCGAUCAAGUGUAGCGUGCGAUAAAAUCGUAACUAUGUCACUGGCAUUUUUUUUUUCUUUUAACUCUAUUUUAUUUUGUGUAGACAUGAUGUGUUAGGUAUUAACAAUUUGGACAAAAGUACAGAGUAUAUAAUAAAAAAAAUAAAAUCAU